UUUGUGUGUAUUAUUUAAUUUCAGUUAUGGCUACGGAUUCUUGUGGAGGAGGACAAGUCUUUCGAAAGUUUACCCAGUUCAGCGGAAUAAUUCUGUAAAAUCACAUCUUGUGCCAUCGAUAAGUGUGGCUUAACUUGGGAAUCUUCAAAAGAUUAGCUACUGGACUGGGGAUGCAGCCAAAACUCGUCUCAGUUUUCCGUGUCUGCUCUGUCAGCUAGCUAGCUAACUAGCUAGCAAGGCUAUCCAUCCUAGCUAACUCUUUCCGACUCUGCUAACGUUUGCUUUUUUGAAGAGGGCCCAGCUUACUAGCUAGCGUUACUUGUCUUUAGUUGCUUGUCUCAAAUGGACUCUUUUGCCUGAAGUAGCGUUAUUCAAGCGUUCAAGAGUUGGUUGAGCACCAGUCGACCCGAAGAGGCCGCUCCGGCUAAAUUACAAGUUAUUAGCACGUUAGCUUAGUUAGCCAUAUAACGUUAGCUAGCUUUUUUUGUUGUUGAAUUUUUAUAGCUAUAUCUGGGUAGUUGCCAACAAACAGCAGGGUUUUUGUAAUGGGCAUAUCAAUCUCUACAUCCCGCUGCAAUACCCAUUUUAGAUGUAAGGGUGUCUUUGCAGCAGUUUGGAACAUUUGACUUCGAGAUUAGAAAGAUUUGUUGCUGUUCAGGGCCCUGAAACUCAAUAUUAGCUUGCUAGUCUGCCUGAGUUGGGAGUGGCUAGAGGUUUGCAUUAGCUGGUUAGCGAGCUAGCUAACAAACAAGGUCAGAUUUUCUUAUAUCGCACCCGUCUAUAGUGCGUAGGAUAAACAAAACGUAGUAACACAAACUCUAUAGAAAAACAAUGUAUUAAUGACCUGUUAAACCACGGUCAGAUUGACAGCGGGUGUGUUUCAAUAGCCGUAUCAUCAUCAGGCGCAGGGAUAGGAAACCCCGCACUGGUCAAAUAGUUUGUAUAAACUACCAAUCUGGAUUUAUCCGUUGCUGGGCUAAAGAUUGGGUGCCACACUAGCCUGUUCAAUAUAGCUUCUUUCCCUGUACAUUUGAUGGACGUGAUUAGAUAUAUUCUAGACGGCUACUGUUGCUAUCGUCAUGCGAUUCUGGCUAGUCAGAAUUCUGACCUGUACAUAGUCGUGUUGAAUAACAUUCAGUGGACGUAAUGUAGCUCUGUAGAAAGAUAGUCCAAAAAUCUUUUUUUAUUUUUUAUUUUUUAUUUUUAUACUUGUUAGAUUUACAGGAGUAUUGGUUACGUCAAAAAUGAGUAUAAUGUUUGAUAGCUAGUUAGUGCUUUAACUCAAAAUAGAAUAGCCAGCCAGCGGAAUAGCGAGGCUAAAUUGAAUUAACAGCCGAUGAUUGAAGACUGAGAACGUUGUCAUUCUGGAUCAAGAAACCUUGUCUUUAGUCUCUGGUUGGAGUAACACUCCCAAGCCAUCAUCAAUGCCUUCAGCGCUGGCCGUCUUCUCCUGCCGUCCGAAUUCACACCCUUUUCAGGAACGUCAUGUCUACCUGGACGAGCCAGUCAAGAUCGGGCGCUCUGUGGCACGAUGCCGACCCGCUCAGAACAAUGCUACGUUCGACUGCAAGGUUCUAUCAAGGAACCAUGCCCUUCUCUGGUUCGAUCACAAGACUGGCAAGUUCUACCUCCAGGACACUAAAAGCAGUAACGGGACGUUCAUCAACAGCCAGCGUCUGAGCCGGGGGUCCGAGGAAAGCCCCCCCUGCGAGGUCCUCUCUGGCGACACCAUCCAGUUUGGGGUUGACGUCACAGAGAACACGCGCAAAGUCACUCAUGGCUGCAUAGUGUCUACAAUCAAGCUGUUUCUACCUGACGGCAUGGAGGCUCGGCGACGAUCAGAUGUCAUCCAAGCACCUUUACCACUUCCUGUUGAUAAGGUUGCGGCCAACACCCCCAGUAUGUACUCUCAGGAACUCUUCCAGCUCUCCCAGUAUCUGCAGGAGGCCCUACACAGGGAGCAGAUGUUGGAACAGAAGUUGGCAACGCUGCAACGCCUCCUGGCCACCACACAGGAGGCUUCAGAGAGCAGCUGGCAGGCGUUGAUAGACGAGGACCGGCUUCUCUCCAGACUAGAGGUGAUGGGCAACCAGCUGCAGUCCUACUCUAAAAACCAAACCGAGGAUGGCAUGCGUAACGAGCUGGUAGCCCUGCAGGAAGACAAACACAACUAUGAGACCACGGCCAAAGAGUCCCUGAGGAAGGUCCUACAAGAGAAGAUAGAGGUGGUCAGGAAGCUGUCAGAGGUCGAGAGAUCUCUGAGUAACACGGAGGAUGAGUGUACUCAUCUGAAGGAGAUGAACGAGAGGAACCAGGAGGAGCUCAGAGAACUGGCUAAUAAAUACAACGGGGCCAUCAACGAGAUCAAGGACCUCACUGACAAGAUAAAGCUGGCGGAGGGUCGUCAGGAGGAGUUGACUCAGAAGGGUCAGAUGGAGAAGAAGGAACUGCAGCUUUGUAUCGAUGAGCUGGAGGAGAAGGAACAGGCUCUACAGGCCCGUAUCGAGGCCUUACAGGCUGACAACGACUUCACUAACGAACGCCUCACUGCCCUGCAAGUUCGGUUAGAACAGCUGCAGGAGAAAAGCAUAAAGGACAACAACAGUUUAGGAGAUCCACCAGGAGACAAUGACAUAGACGUUGACGUCGACCUGAACCAACAGGAAGCUGUGAAACAGUUGAAAGAAGCAGUGGGCUCGUCGUUGCACAAGCUGGCCAACUUCGACGAGGUGAUCGAUGCCCACCUGCAGAACAACCAGACAGCAGAAGGAGACAGCCUUACCAGUCCUGACAGACUCAAAGUAGAAAACCUACUGGAUGCUAAGGAGUCGGACAUGUCAGAUACACUAAGCCCCAGCAAAGAUCGCAGCAGUGACGACACGUCAGACGGCAACAUGGAUGAUCAUGAGCUGAACGAGCCACAGAACAGGGUCGCCCUGCUCAAAGAUGAGCUCAGUCGCGCCAACCUGGAUUCUGGGGACACAGAGCAGGUGAUUAACCACCUCCACAGAGCGCUGCUGGAGGCCCAGGAGUUGGCCAACACAGGCAAGCAGAAGUGUCUGGAGCUCCAGGCCUUACUGGAAGAGGAGAGGAUGAGUAACAGACAGCAGACUGAGGAGUCAGCCAAGCAGAUCCAGUACCUACAGAGUCAAUUGGGGAAGCUAGCGGUAGACAUGGAGGAGCUGAAGGAGCAAAGAGAGAGCAGCAUCAGCAGCACGCAGGAGGAGCUGUACUCGGCUCAGGAGAAGGUGCUAGUUCUCCACCACGCCAUGGAGGCCGCCACGGCCGAGAGGGAGCGAGACAUCGCCGCCCUGCAGAGGGACCUGGGAGGUGUCACGGCCGAGCUGGAGAAGUGGCGGCAGGCUGCGUCCAAAUACGAACAGGAGAUCAACUCCCUGCAGGCCACCUUCCAACAGCAGAGCCUGCACCAGCAGAGAGCCCUCGAGCUACAAGGAGAGUUGGAGCGUCUUCAGAAGGGCUGUUCCGGUCUGCAGCAGGAGUGUGACUGUCUCCGUUCUGAGAAGACUACCCUGGUGAACAGACUACACAGACUGGAGAAUGACCUGGACAGUUCCAGGGAGCAGACUGCCAGUCUGAACAGCAGUCUGGAGAGUCUGGAGAAGUCCCGGGGAGAGAUGCAGAGUAGACUGGGUUCACUGCAGGACCAACACCUCCAGGACGCUAACAAGCUGCAGUCACAGCUGGCCCAGGCUGCUAGCAGGACACAGAGCCUGCAGAGAGAGUAUGAGGACACCCAGACCUUGCUAUCUGACCUGAGGCAGCGUUAUGAGAGGACAGAGCAGGAGAAACGCUCCAUCAACGAGGAGCUGGAACAGUGUAAAUUCAACCUCAAACUGCUGCAGGACAAGGGCAAGAAUCCAUCCAUAUUGCAGCCUGUCCAAGCCAUUUUCAUCGGCCUUAUCCUGGCCUUGCUGUAUUGGUGCUUCAGCCAGUUGUGGUAGAAAGAUUGGUUGGAGCCCCUGGAUACCAGUGGUAGCAGUGAUGGUAGCAGUGACAGCAGUGGUACUUUACCACAACUCCAAGAGCACCUCGAACUGAGGAGGCAGCGACCUAUAUAACCACACCUCCUGUACCACCUCUACCUGUCUACCAGGCCUGCCCUGGCCUCCACUCCUCCUGCCCACCUUGGCCUCCCUCAACACCCCAACUUCCCGCCCUUAUAGCCCCCUGAUCGAUCCUCCAGGGCUGCUACCCCUUUGUCUCCUUGAUUGAUAGAUGUAUUAAUUAAUUAAUUGAUUACCUCCCGUCUGGUCUAGUAGUUCCCCCACAUAAAGGCCCUCUGCUUUAAACUGUACAAAGUCAAACUGUAUAUAUAUAUAUAUAUAUAGAGAGAGAGAGAGCGAGAGGAAAGAUGAAUACAAUUAGUCAUUUCUACCAUAGAUUAAAUACUAUAUCAGCAGUUAUUGUUUUCUGUUCUUAAUCAGUUGGAUGAUGGGAAUAUUGGUCAUUGUAUUAUUAUCAUUAAAGUGGCCUAAACUAGGCUUUGUUUUAGUUUUUCUGAUGGGUACCAAACCUUUUCUUAUUUUCUUUGGGCUCCAGGUUGUUUUUAGAGGAGUUGACUUCCUGUGUGGUUGGUUUACCAUGUUGGGGUUGUUCACGUGCUAUUACAAAUAUGGGUUUAAUAUUGAAGCCAAAAAUCAUCAACGUGAUUAUUUGUUACAUCCCUAAUGGUCGAACCCUAUCCCUGUAUGUUGCCCUGGGCAAAGGUACUGCACUAUAUAGGAAAUAGGGUGCUGUUUUGGGAAUGUCCGGCCUUCAUGAGAGACAAGGGGUUGUUAAAGUGCCUAUUGAAACUAAACAGAAGCCAAUUCUAAACAACUAAGUUAUUGAAACCCAUCUGGUGUGUGUAGGUAACUGGGUUUAUACCGACAUGUAUCUCUGCUGAACUAUUCCGUCUUGUUUUAUCUAUGUAUUGUAAAAAAAUAUAUAAUAACUAUGGACAAAAUAUUCAUCAUGUUUAAAACGACACUACAGAAGUUGUUAUUUGGAUGUGAUACUAGAUGAAUUUUGUUAACUUUGGAGAUAUGUUGACUCGAACACAGUUUAUUUGGCGUCUGGGUUUUUAGCCACAACAAGACAUUAUGGGCACAAAACCAAACCCCUUCAGUUGAUCACGUGUUAAAGGCUGUAGUGGACUGGACCAGUAGUCUGUGUCUCUAAACUCUAGCCUGCUAACUCUGGGUUCUUGGCCCAUGUGCAGAUGGUAACCUACCCAGGGCAAACUCCGAACCUUAUAUGGUAUGACGACGAUUAAUCUGUUGUAAAAAAAUAAAAAAUAAAAAGUUUAAUAUGGGCUAUGAUGGGACCAGAGUUUUUACAUCGGGUCAAAUGGGUUAAAAACUAAAAACCUCCUGGCCUUGGGUAUAUGAAAAUAUGUCAAACUGUAGCAACCUUGUAGUUGUUCGUAAGAAUUAUAUUUUAAAGAAGAGGGGGGGGGGGGGGGGGGGGGGGUCCUACUGUAUACACAGAGAAAGCAACAUGAUUGGACAAUAAAACUCAUAGGGCUGAGCUUGCUGUAUGCAGGUUUGCAUCGUGUGGUCUUUCCCUAUGCAACUGUAGGCCUAAUGAAAAUUUACCUCAGUCUUGUCAGCUAUUGUGGUUAUUGAUUCAUUCCAGUCUAGGUAGCCUAGUCAGCCCGAGUUUGAAUGUAUAACCAAAUUUGAUCCCAUUCACAUUUUCUCAGAAACAAAAUGAGCUAUAAAUACAGGACGUUACUGCUUAAUUUACCCUGGCCAGAGGGACUGGGCACGGUAGAGGCUAGACUGCAGCUGUCAGUAACCAACAGUUGAUCAGACUGAGAUCGCUGAUAUGUUUAGGUGUAUAGGCUGCUACAUUUAUGGAAGAGUUUUUUUUUUUUUUUUUUUUGCUUGUGUCUGUCGAGAGUGAUGUGUUGUCAUGCUUGCUAAAUAAAUACUGGAGGAACGUGGAAAGCCUUGAGCUUUGUGCCUGGCCUGCACUUCCUGCGGUUUCCAUGAAUCUGAUUGGUCAAGACAUGCAAAGAGCCUGCAGCAGCACUCCGAUGUGAAGGACAGACAUUUGUUUUGUGCAAGUUGACAAAUCGGUCUAAAAAAAUAACAGCACUUUGUGUAUUUUAUCAAACUAAAUCCAAAGUGGUGUUAAAUGUAGUGCCUCACCUGAUUUGAAAAGCGAUGUGCCCUCAUGUUUACCCAUGUCUGGUUCUAGUCCCAUCCCUGCCCAUGUCUAUGGUUCUAGUCCCAUCCCUGCCCAUGUGUCUGGUUCUAGUCCCAUCCCUGCCCAUGUCUAUGGUUCUAGUCCCAGACCCUGCCCAUGUCUAUGGUUCUAGUCCCAGACCCUGCCUGUGUGUCUAUGGUUCUAGUCCCAGACCCUGCCCGUGUGUCUAUGGUUCUAGUCCCAUCCCUGCCCAUGUCUAUGGUUCUAGUCCCAGACCCUGCCCAUGUCUAUGGUUCUAGUCCCAGACCCUGCCCAUGUCUGGUUCUAGUCCCAGACCCUGCCCGUGUGUCUAUGGUUCUAGUCCCAGACCCUGCCCGUGUGUCUAUGGUUCUAGUCCCAGACCCUGCCCGUGUGUCUAUGGUUCUAGUCCCAGACCCUGCCCGUGUGUCUAUGGUUCUAGUCCCAGACCCUGCCCGUGUGUAUGGUUCUAGUCCCAGACCCUGCCCGUGUGUCUAUGGUUCUAGUCCCAGACCCUGCCCGUGUGUCUAUGGUUCUAGUCCCAGACCCUGCCCAUGUGUCUAUGGUUCUAGGCCCUAUGUACUUUAUGGGUUCUAGUCCCCAGGCCCAAGCACACAGUAUGUUUUGGGUUCUAGUCCCCAGACUGUUCUCUGUACUUUAUGGGUUCUAGUCCCAUACCAAUAUGUUAAUGGUUGUAUUCCCAGCCAGCCAGAAAGACCUCUGUACCACAGAUCACUACUCCAAACUCACCUGAGGAUGAAUCUGCUGCCUUACCUGUCUGUGACAUGGAGUUCCCCGUCUCUCACCUCCAGACAGCUAUAAACAUGUCGGACUGGUUGGUUUGGCAUUAUUUGUUAUCCUACCACUAAGCACAGUGAUGUUCACUACCAGUCCAGUGUGGUUUAUAAAGAGGUUGAAAGGUCAAAGGUUAACCUGGGUGUUGUGUGUUGAGACUGGAUCAAUGUGAAUCAGGGAGACGAUCAACAUGACGAAAGAAGGAAAGUUUAAGUGUUUACCGUUGUGUGUGUGUGUGAUGCCUAGUCUGGUUAAAACAGACGUAAUGCUGGCAUCACCAUUAAGCUCCCUGAUUCAGUGUGGAACCAGGAUCAUACAUUGGCUUUGCAAAGCAGCUAUUCAUCCUAUUUCACUGUGUCAGUACAUGUCAUUUUCAACACCCCUGAUCUAAACCCUAUCCUGUGACACCACCACCUAAGCACAGGACUGGACUAUACAGGAGACACCAGGAAGGAGGAGGUGGAGGAAUGAUGAGGUUAGAAUCAGGCCAGCCAGCCAGCCAACCAGCCAGCCAGCCAGCCAACCAGCGGGACACCUUGAACUACAUCCGUGUUAGUCACACAAUCACACAGUGACAUCACUCAGUAACUGUGUGUUUACAUCACAAGGCCUCGCGUCGAUCAUCAUCUGAAGGACACAACAACAAUUCCCUUUUUCACGCUUUCCAAAUGUGAUGUUUAUCGCUAGAAUGUGUACAAAAUAAGAAAGCCGUCUCAAGUCACCCCACAGUAUGUGUUUUGGAUAUACAGUGAGCUCCAAGAGUAUUGGUACACUUUUUGUUGUUUUGGCUCUGUACUUUAGAUUUGAAAUGAUACAAUGACUAUGAGGUCGAAGUGCAGACUGUCAGCUUUAAUUUGAGGGUAUUUUCAUCCAUAUCGGGUGAACCGUUUAGAAAUUACAUCACUUUUUGUACAUAGACCCCCCUAUAUACAGUAAUUUCUGUUCAGCUGGAUUUAAUGAAAAUACCCUCAAAUUACAGCUGACAGUGCACUUUUGACCUCAGUCGUUGUUUCUUUUCAAGUCCAGAGUGCUGGAGUUCGAGCCAAAACAACAAAUGUGUGACUGUCCCAAUACUUUUUUUGUUUUGUUCACUGUGUGUGUUUGUGUAAAUAUACAUUCUUCGACACAAAAUAAAAGCUGAUACUCAAGU